AUGAGGAGUGAUAAUGAGACCUCUGUGACAGGUUUCACCCUCCUCGGUCUUUUCCCAGGAACGAGACACAUUAGUUUCCUCAUCUGCACCAUUCUCCUUGUCUACCUUGUUGCUGUCACAGGAAACAUCACUCUGGUCCUCCUCCUCUCUUUGGAUUCCCGGCUCCACAGCCCCAUGUACUUCUUACUCAGGCAGCUCUCCCUCAUGGAUGUCUCCCUCAUUUCCACGACUGUCCCCAAAAUGCUAACAAACUUUUUCUCAGGGACAUCAUAUAUUUCAUAUAUUGGCUGUGGGACUCAGGUCUAUUUUUAUUGCGCCCUUGGAGGCAGUGAAUGUAUUUUACUCACUCUGAUGGCCUAUGACCGAUAUGUGGCUAUUUGUAACCCCUUGAGAUAUGUGGUCAUCAUGAAUUCUGAGGUUUGCCUGCAGAUGGCCAUUGUGUCCUGGGCAGGGGGUGCAUUUAAUUCCCUGGUCCAAACUGCAUAUACCAUGCAUUUUCCCAGAUGUGGCUCAAAAGAAGUCCAUCAUUUCUUCUGUGAGGUACAGGCAAUGCUCAAGCUGUCCUGUGAGGACAUCUCAGCUUAUGAGACAGUAGUGUUUGUGUUAGGAAUUGUGUUCCUUCUCACACCCUUUGGCCUCAUUCUGGCCUCUUAUAUUUUUAUCUUCCUCAGUGUUCUCCACUUAAAUUCUACCAAGGCAAGGAAUAAAGCUCUCACCACCUGUUCUUCUCAUUUAAUGGUGGUGCUUCUCUACUUUGGUCCAACCAUGUUCAUCUACAUGAUUCCCAGUGCCUUGCACACCACAGAGAAAGAUGAGGGUCUCUCUGUAUUUUAUACCAUCCUCACUCCCAUGUUGAAUCCUCUUAUAUACAGCCUAAGGAACAAGGAGGUGGGAGAAGCUCUGAGAAAAGUUUUUGGCAAAUCCUAA